AUGGGGGGCGCCCCGAUAUGGGUGCUGUUGUUGCCGCUGCUGUUACUGCUCCAUCCAGGCAGCCAGGAAUUGUCGUGCCAUGUGUCCUCGGGGGACGUGGACUGGACCAGGGAGUUCACGGACACAUGCCUGAACUUCAGUGGCCAAAACCUGAGCCUGCUGCCUCAGAACCAGUCUCUGCAGGCCAGCAGUGUGCUUCAUCUCGACCUGUCUGGGAAUGACCUUCGAGAGCUCCCACCGCUUUUUUUUGCUCACCUGGGAAAGCUGCAGGUCCUGGAUGUGACCAACAACCCCCUGCACCGCGUGGACAGGGCACUGGCCGAACACUGUGACCUUGACCUGAGGGCUGACUGCAGCUGUAUCCUAUUACCCUGGCACGAGGUCCGGCGGGACAACUGCUCUGGCUCACUGCCUCUGCUGUGCCUGAAUGUGUCCACCGGCUCCUGGCACAACGUCUCUGCCUUCUUGGAAGUGGGCUGUGCCCCUCGCCUGACCAUGACAACCAUAGGAGUGCUGGUGGCCAGUGGAAGCCUGUUCCUCAUGCUUACCAUUGCUGGCCCAGUGCUGGUGUGGAGACUCUGUAGACAUCGGGUAGGCAGUAGCCGGGGCAUGAGCAAAAUGUGGGCUGCUCAGAAUGGUCCCAGGUCUGGCUCGGGCCAGCAGCCACGGUACAGUAGCCGGGGCCUCAGCCCUAAGCUCCCAGCAGCCACCCUGCCCGGAUCUUCCACUUCUGAUUAUGAGAACAUGUUUGUGGGCCAACCAGCUGCCAGGCACCAGUGGGCUGAACACAGGCCUCACCCUUCAGAGGACAGCGACUUCUACAUGAACUAUGAGAGCCUCCACCAUGAUUCCCAGCCUGUCUACUGCAACUUGCAGUCGCUGGACCAGGCCCCAUCGGAUGAAGAGGAGUAUGUGUUCCCUGGGCGCUGA